AUGCAGGGGGCAGGCCAGCAGAGGUGGCCACUGCUGGGGCUGCUGCUGCUGCUGCUCUGUGUCUCAGGGCUCCAAGCUGAGGGUGAAAGUGAGGAGCAGAAGUGCCUGCAGGAGGGCAGGAACCUGACGGUGACCUGUCCUUACAACAUCAACAAGUACGCCUUCAGCCUGAAGGCCUGGCAGCGGGUGAGGAGCAACGGACUUCUGGAGACUCUGGUGAUCACGGAGACUAGAAAUGCAGACCUAAACGUGGCCCAGGCUGGGAGGUACCUGCUGGAGGAUUAUCCCACUGAAGCCAUCAUCAGAGUCACCAUGACCGGGCUCCAGAGGGGGGAYGCGGGGCUGUACCAGUGCGUGAUCCACCUCACCUCUCAGAACCUUGUCAUCCUGCACCAUCGGAUUCGGCUAGUGCAGUGCAGUGAGCCCUGGGUGGGUGUUCCUGCUCUGAUUUUUGUGGCCUGCGGAUUCGUCUUGAACAAGGGCCUGGUGUUCUCAGUCCUGUUUGUCCUCCUCCGGAAGCCCAGGCCUCAGAAGGUCUUUGGUCAGGGGGCAGGGCCAGCCCCAGGGACAGUGCCAGGCGUAGGCCAAGAUGCUGGGAUYGAUGCCAAGCGGGUCCCGCAGGAUGGGAGAAACUGA